CCUAUAUAGGUCUGUGAGUUUAGCCUAUUUGUCGUUCCGAUGUUCGAAUCCUACUUUUGUAGUCUUUUGAUGUCAAUAUGGCAGCCUCCAUGGAUAUUGUUAUCCAGAAAUAUUUCGCUGAAAAUUCUGAAGAAGCAGCAAAGGAGUUAGCAAAAGAUCUUAAUAAAAACAGUGACAGGUUUUUAGCAUUUAUAGAACAGCUAGAAUCACAUCUAACCAGCACUGAUAAUGUAACUAGAGGCAGAGCAACACAGUUUAUAGGAGAUGUGCUGGAACUUUUACCAGUGGCCUUCCUUACCACUGAACAAACUGAAGUAGUAGCCAGAUUUUUGCUUGCUAAACUAUGUGACACUCAUUCAGUUCAGCCUCAUGCUCUCAAGUCUCUGGCAGUGUUGACCAAUCGCUGUAAAUUAUUGCCCAAUGGACUGCCAGAGGAUAUAUGCCGUACAAUAUUCAGGGAGAUCCAAAAUCAGACACUUUCUCACUCUGAUAGAAGAUCCACUUAUAGCAUUUUCCAGAACUUAUUAGGCUAUUCUAAUAAAGCUGUCGAACAAAUGGGCGGAGAUUUUGUGAUAGGAUUUAUUCAACAGAUGGACGCAGAGAAAGAUCCUAGAAAUCUUCUCAUUUGUUUUAACAUUGCUCACUACGUUAGCUCACGUAUGCCUUUAGGUCCAUUCACAGAAGAAAUGUUUGAAGUUCUUGGAUGCUAUUUCCCAAUUGAUUUUGUGCCAUCUCCCAACGACCCACAAUGCAUAUCAAAAGAGGAACUUGUGAGCGGAUUGCGUAAAUGUCUGGCAGCCACUGCUGACUUUGCAGAAUACAGUCUUCCACUUUUCUUAGAAAAGAUGACCUCUGACCUGCAGGAAGCUAGAAAAGAGGCCAUGCUUACUUUGAUUGCUUGUGCACCUGUCUAUCGAGGCCGUUUAACUGCAUAUUUAGGGUCCCUCACCUCUACUCUAAAACGAGAGAUUUUGAUGAACAUAUCGAAUGACUUGGUGAGUGCAGCCAGGCAAUGUAUUCAAGCUGUCUAUUCAGCCAUCUCACCUGACGAGCUUGUUGAAAAUAGUAUGAAUGACACAUUGUCUGCUUCUAUAGUAGAGCUGUAUCAAGAUUCAGUGAAAUAUUUUGAUGGUUCCGAUACAAAAAAAAGCUGCUUGGCUUUCAGCAUGUUUACAUCUGUCGCUGCUGCGUCUGCUAAGGCUUUCUGCGUUGUGACGCCGCUGGUGCUGCCAUCUUUACUUAGUCACUGUUCCCAGAGUUCUCAGGUUUCUGAUCAGUUACUUUAUAUGAAGGAGUUAAAAGAUUUGGUGUCUUUAAUACAACAGUUCAACUCAUAUAAAGAUGUUGUGCAAGUGAUUAAAGAUAACCACAAUGCAUUGCUAGAACUGUACGAAACAAAACUGAACCAAACAGAUAAUAUUGAUUUACAACUGAAGUCCAUCGAAGGAAUUACAUUGUUGACUUCUCCUUCUUUAUGUGAUGCGAUUGACAAGGCACAAGUCUUUGCCACAACGUUGCUACAGAAAUCUCUUCACAUUACCGAUCCACUCUUAAGAAAGUCAGUAUUAUCAUCACUUCACAAUCUUGUUCUACAAAGUCCGAGUCUUGGGCCUGAUAUUGUCAAGUCUUUAACUCAAGCAUGUGAUUCUGGAGCAGCCAUCAAUCUUGUUUUUGAUACAUUGGUGCAGGUUGUGGUCAAUAAGGAUUUAUUUCAAAUAGUCAAUGAAUUUCUACUGCAAAGGUUAUCCGAAGUUAAAACAGAGGAUGUGUCCGAUGCUUUGGAACGUAUUAAGUCACUGGCACGACUCUUUGUCCAGAUGAAGUCAGAUGAACAAUGUGUAGGUCUAUUUCUACACACCACAGUCUUGCAACUCUUGCAGUCAUCUGUUGCUAGCACGCUCCAGUGGACAGAUGCCAGCAGAGAAUGUUGUGCCUUGUAUAUGACAGAAAUGAGAAACUUUUUCAAAACAUUGAGUCAGUACUUAGAGAAAAGUGACAUCAUAUCAAUGUGGAACAGAUUGACUCAACUCAUGUUAGAGAGUAAUACUACAAAUAUUGGCAUAGUUGGUGAUUUUCCUACACUGAAACCUUUACAGCCUACUUCCCCAUGGCAACAUACAAGAUUAAUAACUUUGUUGGAAGGUUUUAUAACAGGUGGAGAUAUACAGGCCAUGGUAGACCACAGGGAGACAAUAUUUGAAUCAAUGUUUAUACUGUCACAAGAAUGUGAAGAUAGUUUCACCAGAGCAUCUGCCUGCAGGUGUCUUGCUGUCAUUUUUAACAAAGCUCCUAUUGGUGGAGAAAUUCAUUGGCUGCUAGAGCCUUUGUUGGAAAGGCUGAGACAAGCCUUGAGUCCUGACAGACCUUUAAUGAAUCGACUGAGGGCCUUAAAUACCUGGCUUUGGUUGACAAAGGCUUCAGAGUGUCGAGGCCACUCUGCCACCAGCAUAUUAUCUUCAUAUCUGUUUGCACUGUUAGAUGACUCUGAGCUAGGACCGGAUGUUGCCACUGGCCUGGCAAUGAUAGUCCAAGAUAUGGAUGAUGUCUUCUCACCUGCUCUCCGCUCUAAUGUCACACCACUGUACAAACAACGAUUCUUCAGCCUCAACAUAAGAACGUUGUUGGAGGGUUAUGAAAGAAAUAAGGCAACAGGAAGGCAAGAACAUUUUCUGACCGCCAUCUCCAGUGUAACAUCAUAUCUUCCAUUGCAAGUUUUGAAACCACAUCUGGCCAAACUUGUUCCUAUGCUGUUGCUUGGUUUGAAGCAAGAUAAUUCUAGCUUGAGCAAUACCUUGACCUUAGUUAGCAGUGCAAUACUUCAUGCAACCGAGGAGGUAACUCCCAGUGUUGAUGAGCUCACCAAUCAGUUACUGGACUUGGCUCACACCCACAAAGCCAUGAAAGUGAGAAUAUUAAGUUUACAGUGCUUGGAAUCGAUGACCUCUCUUCCUGUUCACAAGAUAUCCCCACUUCAAACCAAAGUUGUGAGUAACCUGGCAAGGUCUUUGGAUGACAAGAAACGGUUGGUCAGAAAACAGGCUGUCAGUGCUCGGUGUGCUUGGAUUUCUUUGGGAAAGAGCAAGAAAUAAUUGAAACUACUUUUUAUUUUGUAUUUAUUAGAAGCUCCUUUUCAUUUCCAUUGUAUGCACACUGCUGUGUUCAUCAGACUUUAUAGAUUUGACCUUUGGAUAUCCCAGCAAUCAAAAGAUAUUAUGUUCAUGCUUUGAAAUCUUAUGCAUUGGACUAGAUUAAAUAAUUUACCAAACCAAA